UUGAUUUAAAUCUGGCGUUUUUACAGUUUAUUGCAGAGCAAAAUUGCCCGCCUUGCCUCAAACGAUCGCUUUGUGCCAUGUUGUUUCGUAGCAUCCCAUUACGAAAGAUAACUCUAACCGACGAGUUUUCCCGCCGGUCGCGAGUGAACCCUCUAAAUCUAAGCUCUCUGGUGCAAGUUUGUCCUAAUUCAGAUCUGGCUGGGGCAUGUAUAGUCAUUUUCAUAGCUGCACUGGUACAUGAAGGCCUCAGGCUGCUGGUCAACUGGCUCCAGAUGUUUUCUGCUACACGUCCACCACGCAAGAUGGUCCGACUGGGGAUCCUGGGAUUGACUCAGACGGGAGCAUAUGUGGUGUACCUGUCCCUUAGCUACUGCUUGAUGCUGGUCUUCAUGACAAUGAACAUCUGGUUCUGUCUGGCACUGCUGCUUGGGGCUGGCACUGGUUAUCUGCUGUUCUUCUUUCACCCAGUGGCCAACCGGCUGUUAAACUCCCUCAGGCGUCAUCAAGACAAGUAUGAGGACAUGAAAUCGGAGGUGACGACGAUAUAUGGGUCAAAUGAGAAACAAGCUGAUAACAUUGCCCUAGGUAAUGUGGGCAGUUGUCACUGAAGCAGUAUACAUUUGUAAUUUUAACAUCUGUUCCUGGAAGUGACGUGAGCAAAGAAGCACCAGGUAACAACAGAAACAGUUUGAUAUUUUAAUUGCAUUUAUCUUUUGCUUUUUUCUCAUGUCUAGUUCACGGUAUUUGUCUUUUCCUCUUGUUUUGUUGGCUGCAUUGAAUGUUAAUCAGGUCGCUGGUAACAGCACCGGUCAACAAGUUUUUAGAAUAAUAAUGAUUGCUUAUAGAGCACUGUUCCCGAAUGGCUUCCAGUGCUUUACAAAAUAAAUAAGUAAAUAAUAAAAACUAUUGAUAAUAAAAA